AUGUCAACAUUGUCUUUCACCUGGGAUGAUCCACACGCGGACCUCCCCUCAGACUCGGAAGCGACUGAAGAAGACCUCCUCGACAACCCCGUGCUCAAAGUAUCGCGCCCAGUCACAGCGUGUACAAGAUGCCGAAGUGCCAAGAUCAAGUGUGACGGAAAGCUUCCGGCCUGUACCUCAUGUGUCAAGUUCGGUCGCGAAUCCGAGUGCAUGCCCAUCAGCGAACGCUUCAUCAGAGGGAGGGAACCAAAUUACGUGAGAGCUCUCGAAGCUAGGGUCGAGAAGCUGGAGAAACAGCUCCAUUACGCUCGGUCGCAGAUGUCCUCGCAGAGCCAGCCUGGUCCCGAUCCCGCCACUGCUCCCGGCCCUUUGGACCCUGAGACCGAUGAUUGGGGUCCAGAUCGCCGGGAUUCUCUUGACAAUAUCAGAGUCAACGUUGCCCGGAGGGCAGCACGCCUACAUGGGGAUGAAGAGAUCGAGCAGGUUAUAGCCUCACUGAGCUCAGUAACAAUUAACCCCGUUUCCCAGGAAGACCACGAGAAGACUCGUCUCUCCCUCGCCACCAUCAUCCUGGCUGCUUCCACAAACAAGUUCGUGCCACAGUCCCGGUCUGUCGGACUGCCGCCGUAUGACAAGGCCAGUAAGAUUGCCGACUUUUACAUGAGCAGCGUCCACCAGCUUUAUCCGGCCUUCUCCCGCAAUAUUUUCAAUGGUCUCCUCCAAGACAUAUACCGAACAAGCCAGAGGCAGUUCACUUCAGCAGAGUACUGGCUCUUUUGGAUGGUUCUUGCUAUCGGCUCCACAGCCCAGAGCCGACAGAAGGAUGACAGCCAUUACCUGGAUGGACUCGAUUAUCUUGCUUGUGCCUUGCCUUUUGCACAGGAAGUCCUUUCACCAGGCAAUGUCAAGCAAAUCCAGUCGCUUUUGCUUCUGACUCUUUACUCGACCUACGACCCCGAUCACUUCGACACAUGGCAGGUUCUGGGCUUCACUUGCCGUGCGAUCCUUGACCAAGGGCCAUUUGCAGACCCCCCUGAGCAUCACGGCAUGAGCAUAACCGAUGUCAAACUCCGUCGAAGAAUCUUCCGCAGCGCCUAUUCCCUAGACAGAGCCAUAAGUCUAGCACACGCCCGCGCCUUCUCCUUCGCCGACGACGCCAUUCCCUCCGAAGUCCGUGACGCCCUUGCCGACACCCCCAACAAGGACUCACCCAUCGCCGAAGCCUCCACCUACCUCUACCGCAUCCGCCGUCUCCAAUCCACCUGGUACCAAUCCCUCUUCCAAGGCUCGCCCUCGCACCCGCUUCCCGACUCGACCGCCUUCAUCUGGCGCAUGUGCCACGACAUGCACGCCUGGUUUUCUACCUUACCCGUCUCCCUCAACGCCUCCAUCCGGCAAAUGUUCGAGCUCGAAAUGUACUACAACCAUGUCUUCUGCAUCUCGCCCGGCAUCCGGUCGCCGCACCUCUCCACCUACGGCGAGCUUCUGAUCUUCGAGUACGCCAUCUCAUACAUCAGCGGGCUCUGCGGCAUGGCCGACGCGUCGAUCAGCACGGGGCUGUAUACCUUCCACGAUGUCCUGCGACUGUUUUUCGUCGGCACGCAGUUCGCCGCCAUCCUCCGAUCCGAGGCCGCGGACAUUCUGCUCUUCUCGCCACAUACCAUCUCGCACUCUGCUUCGCAGCAGGGUGGUGUCGCCCCGCCGCCUCUGCCGAGGAAGAGGCUGUCGGAUACCAAUACCACCCUUCCCAACAUUGACCGGGCCAUAACCGCGCUUGGACAGAUCGGCAAGCUACUGGAGUGGUACGGUGCCCGGUGGGAGGAUGCGCUGUCGCUGGGGGAGACGUUCCAGAUGUAUUCGCAGGAUCUGAUGGAGACGCUUAGGGGGAAGAAGCAGCAGAUGGGACAGCGACAGGUGCAACAAGGGCAGGGACAACGACAGGUGCAAGGCCAAGGGCAAACACAGGGACUAGGACGGGCGCAUACGCAGGGACCGGGAGGAUGGGAGAACCACCAGCAGCAGCAACAACAACACCAACAACACCAACAACACCAACAUCAACAACAUCAACAACAUCAACGACAACAGAAUUCGGGACCACAGCAUCGACCCCAGCCGAUGCAACAACAGACUUGGCCGCCAGGCGGAUAUUCGUUGAACAACAACGGUCGAUGAUUUAGGUCGAAUCUAGCUGUUUUCCACCUCUAUGCCUGUCCUUUCGUUCGUGGCUCACUUCAACCACGGUUGCUGAGUGGUUUUUUCCAUUUUAUUCAGUAUUGCAAUCUUCUUUGCAGCCUUCGUUAUUUGCGGUGUUAUUUUCUUGGAUAUAGAUAGCUUCAAGGCGGUUCGUUAUUCUACAUAUCUACCUACCUAAACCAACCAACGCAGCAACAUGUCAAUACCCAUUUCACCCGGCAAAAUUGAUCAAGUCACUCGCCUCUUGCUAUACAUACCGCUGACUAUGAUAAUGUCAUUUGACGUAAUACUUAUCUGUUAUCUUCUUGUAAGGCACCUGCCUGCUCCGGUUC